CUGUCUAAAUCCAGGAAGUGUAAAGGGUGCUAAAAACUCCGCAGAUAAUGGGCAAAAAUGCCUGACCAGAACAGCUGACAUAGAGAUUUUUAACCGUUUCCACUGUCGUCGUAAUUACACAAGCUACAUCCAGCCGCGUAUCCAUCAACACUUCAUUUGUUGGCGGGUUUGAUCCUCUGACUGGACAGGACCGUCUGAAGAGAGGAGCCGUCCUGGGCGUGUUUGCUCUAAGAUCUGUGUAUUUGAUGUGCAUGGCCCUUGGUGUGGGAGCACCAUGAGCGGGGAGCCUGAUGCCUUGGCUGUGGUGAAUCAGCUGAGGGACUUAGCUGCUGACCCCCUCAACAGGAGAGCUAUUGUUGAAGAUAAAGGCUGCUUGUCAGGCCUCAUUCUCUUCUUCGAUCACCCCAGUCCACAAGUCGUCUACUCUGCGCUAUUGGCAGUGCGCUACCUGGCAGAAUGCCGCUCCAACAGGGAGAAGAUGAAGGACGAGCUGGGAAUGAUGCUGAGCCUGCAGAACGUCAUGCAGAAGGGCACGUCGCCAGGAGAAACCAAGCUACUAGCUUCUGAGAUCUACGAGAUCCUGCAGAACUCCAGCAGUACAGAAGCCGAACAGGCAGAAGCAGCCGCCUCUUGCAGAAAAAAAGCACAGUUUUUCCUGGGCUCAACGAACAAACGGGCCAAAACAGUGGUGCUUCAGAUCGAUGGACUUGAUGAUUCGGCUCGGAGGAGUCUUUGUGAAGAAGCCCUGCUAAAGAUCAAAGGUGUCAUCAGCUUUACCUUCCAGAUGGCUGUGAAGAGAUGUGUGGUGAGGAUCCGAUCAGACUUGAAGGCUGAGGCCUUGGGAACUGCUAUAGCUUCAACCAAAGUCAUGAAAAAACAUCAAACAUUGCUCUCUUUCCCUCCCAUCCAGAUUGUAAUCCCAUUCCAAGAGGACUCAGAUGUGGUGGUCGAGCAGAACAUAAAUUUGCCGGAUUAUCUGCCUGAGGACGAGAGCCCGUCUCAGGAGCAGCACAAGGCUGUGACACGACUGGGCUCCAUGCAGGAUGGCGUGAGCUGGCUGAGCACAGCCGCCAACUUCCUGUCCCGCUCAUUUUACUGGUGACCCCACGACUCCCCGCAUGCCCCGCACCUUUACAACUCUACAUGCCAGACUGCAGAGCGCAUCCGCAAUAAACUUAUAACCUUGUUCCAACUUUAAAAAAGGCCACAACCGGUGGCUGUAAAUGGUAUGCGAUCCAACCUGCUCCUGAAACUCACGUUAGCGCUGCAUACACACCACACAAGACACUAAAACCUGAGAGCAACCGGGAGAAGUUCACAGAAAGUAUUUCAUGUGUAUAUCUGCUCUCUCUUAUUCACCCUUUUGUUUGGUCGGGGGAAGGUUUUCAAACGAUUCGCCACAGAUUCUCCUUGCGGGUUUGUUUCUGUUGAGACUAAACAAAACCUUGGGGGGUUCGCUAGGCGGUUCGUACAUUUUCUACAAAUUUGGGUGCUUUCUGAUGUGUUCUAACCCUUCAUCUCAGCUUUCUUGUACAUUUUUAAACAACUUAUUUUGUUUUUCGUUUAUUUGAUAGUCCUAAUACCACUUUAUUAAUCAACACUUUUCAAAGCAUGGCGUAUUUUUAAUGCCUUUUUUUUUUUUGAACCAGUUUCUUCUGUGUGUGCCUUUGCUAUGUAGCAUGUUGAUUAAUUUUCUCAGUUUUAAAUCCUCUUUAUUUGCUUCGUCUGAACUUCUAAAGCCUUCUGAAGACGUGAUUUUUUUUUUUUUUUUUUUUUUUUUUUUUUUUAGGUUUGAAAUGUGUAGCGAUGGUUCACUCUUCCUCACAGAACUGAUUUCACAUAAAACUCAAAUAAAACACCAGCACUGGUUGGUGUGUGGUAAUAAUAAUUAAAGGAAUACUCCACCACAAAA